AUGGAUGAUGACAUAGAAUUAUUUAUAUUAUUCACAGAAAGAUCCGACUUUGAUAAAGAUACUCUCCUAUAUAGUGCAUUAUAUCCGCAUGAGAAUAGAUUAGAGUGUAAUUUGCUAGAAUUAUGUUGUUAUCAUGGUGCAGUUAAUUGUUUUAAAUUAUUGAUAUCAAAAUUCAACUCGUAUAUCACUCUUAAAUGCCUAAAAUUUUCAUUUUUGGGUGGAAAUCCUGAUAUUAUGUAUGAAUGUUUGAAAAAACAGAAACCUGAUGAUGAUUGCAUGAAAUAUGCAAUUAUUUCUCACAAUAUUGACUUUAUUACUUUCUUGAUGAAUGAACAUAAUAUAGAAAUUGAAAUAGAAUAUUGUUGUAUAUACCAUAAUAUUCAGGCGUUCUUUGUUUAUUUGGAUCAAACAAAUGAUAUCAAUAGAUUCUUUUCACAUUCUCCUUGUUUUGGAAUUCAAUCUCUAUGUGAAUAUUUCUUAUCACAUGGUGCUGAUAUAAAUGCAAAAGAUGAUUUAAUAUCGGGAAUAACUCCUCUUCAUAUUGCAGCUGAUUAUAAUUAUAAUGAAAUUGCAGAAUAUCUUAUUUCUCAAGGUGCAGACAUUAAUUCACAAGACAGCAAUGGAUGGAAUCCACUUCACUAUGCUUCUAUGAAUAAUAAAAUAGAAACAGCAGAAUUUUUUAUCACACAUUGUAUUGAUAUAAAUGCAAAUGAUAAUAAUGGGGACACUGCUCUUCACUGGGCAUCGAAUGGAAUUCGAAAAGAAAUGACAGAACUUCUUAUUUUAAAUGGUACUGAUGUAAAUUUAAAAGAUAAUCGAGGUAGAACUGCCCUUUUUAUUGCAAUAGAGAAUGAAAGAAAAGAAAUCGUUGAAUUACUAAUUUCACAUGGUUCAAACAUCAAUGAGCAAGAUGUGCAUGGAUAUACGCCGCUUCACUUAGCAGCAAUAAAUAAUCUUGUAGAAAUUGCAGAGAUCCUCAUCUCUCAUGGCUCAGAUAAAAAUAUAAGAGAUUAUCAUAACAAAACUGCACUAUCUUAUGCAUAUGAAAAUGAUUUUACAGAUGUGAUAAAACUUAUAAUGGCAUCUGAAAAACAUUCAAAUGGUAAAAAGGUCUGUUGUUUAUUGAUUUAG